UAUGAAUAAAAUGAACUUUUUUACCAGUGAACUUUAUGAACUAAAUAUGCUCAUAUUGAAUCUAAAAUCAGUUGUAGACCUUAACAAAGUAAUAUCUUGGGUAAAUCCUACCAAAACAUACGAGGAUAUUAAUUAUUGUUGUGCCUUAAAUUCUUCAAGUUAUCAAAACGUUCUAGAGAAUAUUAUUGAUAGAGUGUAUUUAAUAUUGAAUAUUGUGCUCAUAAAACUUGAAGAAUUUACUGAAUUGCAUUCUAAUUUGCGUAAACCAAAACGACUUACUAUGAGCUCAUUGAGCCGGAUUAUCAUCGAUAAGUUGAGUGCGUUCAAGCUCUUUCAGAAUAAGAAACAAUUCAUAACUCGAGACGUCCAGACACAGACGGAUUUACCUGAAGGGAGUAUACAACUGCAAGAUGGCGACUGUCAGUCUUGCAUAGUUUUAUUUAAACAUUUAAAUACCAUAACAGAUAAGUUUGAAGAAUCAAUAAGUUUUAUAAACUUAAAAAAUGCUAGAUGUAAAGUUAGAAACAAUCUUUCCACAUUGAACAAUUCACAAUCUAUGAACAUAAUGUGCGAUGCAAUUCACGCCGAUCUCCGCUUAUUCCUUGACGAUUAUCAAGCGUUGAACGAAAGUCACGCCUCAUUACAACAGCAAUAUGACAAGCUGAUGAACGACUUUGUAAAUUAUAUAGCAGAGAGCGAAGCUAACUUUGCGCAAAAUGAAGCUGCGUUAAAAACGCUGACAAAUAAAGUGGAUGUAUUGCAUGAAAGAUUUGUCAGUGAGUUGCAACAGUUGCUUGAAUCAUCGGCGGCCAUUUCGGAAGCGUGCGAUAAAUGUGAACGCUUUUUAUCGACCAUCAAUGACAACCUACAACAGCAAGAAAAUCAACAACAAAUCAACGCUUUGCAAACUAAAUCGCUGCAAACUCUAGCACAACACUUGGAAACAUUCAAAGAAAUCGAAUCGAGCGUGGCGCAGCAAAUAAUUACCUCCAUUGAUAUUUGUGCGCAAAAAAUGACGUUGUUGCAAUCCCGAUCGCGCUUGCUUCAGCUUAAUGCAAGUAAUUUGAAAGCGUGUAACAUGAUGCUUGCAGCAAAUGAAAAUAUCCGUUCUAAAGAGCAUUGUGGUCCAUGGACUGGAAAUAAACCUAAUCCUAUCGAAGAUAUGUCGCAACACAUCGAAUCAAACAAAUUGAAAAUUGACUAUUUGCAAAGCGAGAAUAUUGCACUUCAACGCACCAUCGAACAAAUUAAGAUGCGAGUCACGUAUUAAAGCUUUGCCUUUGUG